AUAACUUUUUUAUAAGAAAAAAGAAGUAUUUUUUGAAACGGAUGAAAAAGAUAAAGAGGGAGUGUUUUGUGAGACGGAAGAAGUACAAUUCAUGGAUCAAUCAUGUUUGGUUUGGGCUUAGUAUGCUUGGUGAACAUUUUUUAAUUCAUAUACGAAGCCCAAUUAUGUAACUUGUUCAGAAGUCAGAACCAGACACCGAAAGACGUGAGAAUGUUUCCACGUCUGGUUCGGACGUCCGUCGCCGCCGGGCGCCUUUUGUCGACGCGAGCUACUCAGGCGGUUGCGGCAACGAAGCCUAAAGCCUCGGAAGGUGGCGCCGGAUGCAUCGCUUCCACCAGAAAGGCAGGCAGGGAUACUCCGGUGAGGAGUCGCUUAGGUCUUGUGCACCCUAAUCGGAGUGCCGGAAUCACCAAGGCGGUUGCAGAAACGCAGCCUACAGCCGCUGAUGGCGGCGAAGGAGACGGGGGCAUCACUUCCAGGAGAAAGGCAGGCAAGGAUACUCUGGGGAGGAGGCUUUUAAGCCUUGUGUACUCUAAGCGGAGCGCCGUAAUCACUAUCCGGAAAUGGAAAGAGGAAGGCCACGCCGUCAAAAAGCACGAGCUCGUCCGCGUUAUUCGAGAGCUUCGCAAGCUCCGGCGUUACAAACACGCGCUCGAGGUUUGUGAAUGGAUGAGGCUACAAGAUGAUAUCCACUUUUUAUCGGGUGAUUAUUCCGUCCAUUUGGAUCUGAUAGCAAAGGUUCAAGGCAUAAAUAGGGCCGAGAAAUUCUUCAGCGAAAUACCCAGUAACAUGGUAGACUACUGGACAUAUAGUGCCCUUCUCCACUGCUAUUCCCAGGAAAAAGACACUGAUAAAGCCGAAGCCCUUAUAAAAAAGAUGUCCGACUGUGGCCACUUGAAGCACCCACUUCCUUACAACCACAUGCUGUCUCUAUACAUAUCAACAGGCCAAUUAGAGAAGGUCCCAAACACAAUUCUUGAGUUAAGGAAGAACACUUCACCGGAUAUUGUCUCCUACAACCUUUUCUUGGCUUCAUGCUCGUCACUGAACGACUUUGAAACUGCAGAAAAGAUCUUCCUUGAGCUGAAGAAAGCCAAGGUUGAACCAGACUGGAUAACAUUCAGCACGAUGACCAGUAUCUAUAUUAAAAGUUCACAGAAUGACAAAGCAGAAUCCACUUUGAGAGAAAUGGAGAAACGGGUCUUUAAGAGGACCCGCAUUGCGUUUCCCUCUCUUGUUAGUUUGUACACUAACUUGAAAAACAAAAACGAGGUGCGCCGCGUUUGGAAGAAGAUGAAAUCUAUUUACCACAAGCUGAAUGAUUAUGAAUACACUAGCGCAAUAUCUUCACUGCUGAAACUCGACGAUUUUGAAGGGGCAAUGGAGAUCUACACCGAGUGGGAGUCUGUUUCACCCACCAAGGACACCAGAAUCUCAAAUUUGAUUCUUGGAGGUUACGUCGAGAAGAAUCAGUUGGACAUGGCAGAGAGUUUUAUAGAAAAGAUGGUUCAGAAAGGCAUCCCCCUCAGCUAUACAACGUGGGAGAUACUUACAUGUGGGUAUUCGAAAUGUGGGAAGGUGAACGAAGCUUUGGCUUCAUUCAAGAAAGCCCUCGGUUGUGUCAAGAAGUGGGAACCCAAUGCGAAGAUAGUCCGUGAGAUGUUUGGCGCUCUUGAAGAGCAAGGGAACGUGGAAAUGGCCGAAGAUUUGGUGGUCAUACUUCGCGAAGCUGGCCAUGUGAGCACAGAGGUGUAUAACUUGCUCCUGAGAACUUACAAGAAAGCUGGUAAGAUGCCACUCAUUGUUGCUGAGAGGAUGAAGAAAGACAAUGUUGAACUGGACACAGAGACUGAGGAGCUCAUUAGAUUGACUAGCAAAUUGUGUGUAACUGAAAUUCCUAAACAUCUUUCUUAGGAAAGACUAAGGGCUUGUUUGGUUGGGGGAUUUAGUGAGGUGGUAGGAAAGUAUUUUCUUAAUCUGCCUCUGUUUAUUUGUUUGGAACAAUCCUUAAGCUUUUCUAUUAUCAGUUGGUCCAUUUUUGCGGAGGUUUGUUGUACAAUACCACAUUUCAAAUUUUGAACUAGGCGACAUAAGACUUGUUCUUAUAAUUCAAAAUUUAGGGUGUAGAAUAACUAUGAGUAUGUUUA